AUUAGCAUCACUCUUCACUCCUACAUCUAAUCUUUCGUCGUCGCAUUCCGACACCAUCACUCCCACUUCCCCCUUUCCGCUCUACCCUGCCAGCCAUUCGUACAACUGCCACCGCCCGUCGAGGCUGUCAACCACCUCCCCCAUGAGCAUCUAGACAACCACCACCCAGCAACCCGCUUGCACACCACUGCGAUGACCUCGGAAACACCCUACAUCGAGGCCAUAACGAGCGCCAUCUCCAAUCUCGCAAAGGCUCACGAUCCCGCUCACGAUGCAUCCUUCACGGGCCAGGUCGCCGCCCACGCAAAAUCCCAAACCAUAACCCUCCCGGGCGCCGAUUCCUCCCCCGAGAAGGCCGCCCUCGAGCGUGAACUCGCUUCUCUGACUGCGCGCAUCCAGUAUCUCGAAGCCAAGGCCAACAUCGUCGACCACCACACCUUCCCAGUCACUCCAGGCGAACCUACAAAUUCCCCAUUCCUCUAUGCCCCGGCCCCCAACGCCCGCAACGGCAACUCCCCACACCCACGACGGGGCUCUUCCAAGGACAAGGCCAGUUGGGUCACAAAUUGGCUCGCCAGCGGCCGUGACUCAAAUGGCGACGAAACCCCCACUGCUGCCCUCACCGAGGAGCAGCUCAACUACCUCCGGGAUCAUGUGAACAAGCAGGCUGACCAGAUACGGAAUCAGCGCGAGCACAUCGACAACCUGAGUGCCGAGGUGAACAAGCAAUUGAGCAGCCAAAACGUCGCCUUCAAGCAUGGAAUCGAGGACAUUGGCGCCCUCAAGCGCGAGUUGGGUAAGCAUCAACAGGCCAAUCUUGCUUUCCAGAAGGCCCUCCGUGAGAUAGGCAACAUCGUCACUGCCGUCGCAAUGGGAGAUUUGAGCAAAAAGGUCUUGAUCCACGCCAAGGAGAUGGACCCAGAAAUCAUGAACUUCAAGCGCACCAUCAACAAGAUGGUGGAUCAACUACAGGAAUUCGCUAGUCAGGUCACGCAUGUGGCCAAGGAAGUCGGCACGGAGGGCAGACUUGGAGGCCAAGCCAACCUACCUGGUGUUGAUGGUAUCUGGGCAGAACUGACGGACAGUGUCAACGUAAUGGCCAACAACCUUACCGAACAAGUGCGAGAAAUCGCCGUUGUCACAACUGCUGUCGCUCAUGGCGACCUCAGCAGGAAGAUUGAGCGACCCGCCCGUGGUGAGAUCCUUCAGCUGCAACAGACCAUCAAUACCAUGGUGGACCAGCUGCGAUCUUUCGCCACACAGGUCACCAAGGUGGCCAGAGAUGUCGGCACCGAGGGAAAACUCGGAGGCCAGGCCGAAAUCGAGGGCCUGAAGGGCAUGUGGAACGAACUGACCGUCAACGUCAACGCCAUGGCGCAAAACCUUACCACGCAGGUCAGAGAUAUCGCUCAGGUCACGACGGCUGUCGCCCAGGGAAAUUUGACACGCAAGGUCGAGGCAGAGUGCAAGGGCGAGAUUUUGGAGCUCAAGAACACGAUCAAUCUCAUGGUGGACCAACUCCAGCAGUUCGCGCAUGAGGUGACGAAGAUUGCCAGAGAGGUCGGAUCGGAGGGUAGGCUCGGAGGACAGGCCACGGUGCACGGAGUCGAGGGCACAUGGAAAGAUUUGACCGAGAAUGUGAACGGUAUGGCCAUGAAUCUCACAACUCAGGUGCGAGAGAUUGCAGAAGUCACAACCGCUGUCGCCAGGGGUGACCUUAGCCGCAAGGUCAAGGCCGAAGUCCAGGGAGAGAUCUUGUCCUUGAAGAUCACCAUCAAUACCAUGGUGGACCGACUCAACACCUUUGCCCAGGAAGUCAGCAAGGUCGCCCGUGAGGUCGGCACAGAUGGAAUCCUCGGGGGACAGGCGCAAGUCGACAACGUGGAGGGCAAGUGGAAAGACCUAACCGACAAUGUCAACACUAUGGCUCAGAACCUCACCCUCCAGGUGCGAAGUAUCUCAGAAGUCACGCAAGCCAUUGCCAAGGGUGACAUGAGCAGGCGUGUCCACGUCGAUGCCGAGGGUGAGAUCCGUCUACUGAAGGACACCAUCAACGACAUGGUUGACCGUUUGGAUGACUGGUCUCUUGCCGUCAAGCGAGUCGCACGUGAUGUCGGUGUGGACGGCAAGAUGGGUGGACAGGCCGAUGUGCAAGACAUCGAUGGUCGUUGGAAGGAGAUCACUACCGACGUCAACACCAUGGCCCAGAAUCUUACAUCCCAAGUGCGUGCCUUCGGCGACAUCACAAACGCGGCCAUGGAGGGCAAGUUCACGCAGAUCACGGUGGAAGCCUCCGGCGAAAUGGACGAGUUGAAGAGGAAGAUCAACCAGAUGGUUGCCAGUCUCCGGGAGAGUAUUCAGAGGAACACUGCAGCCAGAGAGGCUGCCGAAUUGGCUAACAAGACCAAGUCCGAGUUCUUGGCCAACAUGUCUCACGAGAUCCGAACGCCCAUGAACGGUAUCAUUGGCAUGACCCAACUCACGCUCGAUACCGAUCUCACGCAGCCUCAGCGCGAAAUGUUGACCAUUGUCCACAAUUUGGCGGGUCAGCUCUUGACCAUCAUUGACGACAUUCUCGACAUUUCGAAGAUCGAAGCCAACCGCAUGGUCAUGGAGGAGAUUCCUUUCUCCCUGCGAGGAACUAUUUUCAACGCCUUGAAGUCGCUGGCUUCCAGAGCCAACGAGCGGAAACUAAACCUUGCAUAUGAGGUCGACAGCUCCGUUCCCGAUUAUGUCGUAGGAGACUCGUUCAGACUGCGACAGAUUAUCCUCAACUUGGUUGGAAACGCCAUCAAGUUCACUGAACUAGGAGAAGUCAGGGUGGCCAUUUCCAUGGGCAGGGAGCAGAGCGAGUCUGGUCCCGAACAGUACCUGUUCCAAUUCGCCGUCUCUGACACAGGUAUCGGCAUCCACGGAGACAAGCUCAACUUGAUUUUCGACACCUUCCAACAGGCCGAUGGCUCUACAACCCGCAAGUUCGGUGGAACCGGUCUGGGAUUGUCGAUUUCCAAACGUCUCGUCACACUCAUGGGAGGACGGAUGUGGGUCGAAUCCGACUACGGCAAGGGCAGCACUUUCUAUUUCACUUGCCGGGUACGCCUCGGAAACCCAGACUUGACCGCUAUCCAGCCUGCACUUGCGCCCUACAGCAAGCACACCGUGCUUUUCGUGGAUCAAGGCCACACUGGCUUCUCUGAGCAAGUGGUGGAGCAUCUCAAGGCACUCGAUAUCUCACCCAUGGUCGUCAAAAAUCUCGAUGACGUGCCCAUCGACCCCAAGCGCACUGCCGAUAUGCCAUUUGACUGCGUGAUUGUCGAUAACGACAGGACUGCCAGGGAGCUCAGAGUCGCAGAGCGUUUCAAAUACAUCCCUCUUGUCAUGCUCAUUCCUAGAGUAUCCAUCAGCUUGAAGUCCGCCUUGGAGGAUGGUAUCUCGAGCUACAUGACUACGCCAUGCUUGCCAAUCGAUCUCGGCAACGCUUUGAUCCCAGCCCUCGAUGGGCGAGCCGCUCCUUCUGUCUCGGACCACUCCAAGUCGUUUAAUAUCCUUCUUGCAGAAGAUAACGCAGUCAACCAGAAACUGGCCGUCAGGAUCUUGGAGAAGUAUCAUCACACCGUUACCGUCGCGAAUAACGGUCUCGAAGCAUACGAGCAGAUCCAGAAGAAGAGGUACGAUGUCGUUCUCAUGGAUGUCCAAAUGCCUGUCAUGGGUGGAUUCGAAGCUACCGCGAAGAUCCGUGAAUGGGAGCGCGACCAGUGCCUUCCCUCUACUCCUGUCAUCGCAUUGACGGCUCACGCCAUGGUGGGUGAUCGCGAGAAGUGUCUGGCGGCACAGAUGGACGACUAUCUAUCAAAACCCUUGAGGCAGAACCAGCUUAUCCAGACCAUCUUGCGUUGCGCAACCCUCGGUGGCACGCUCUACGAGCAUGAGCAACGCCAUUCCAUGGAACACAUGGCAAGUUCAGACAUGAAGGGCAAUCCAUCUACGUCGACCCCAAAGACGACUCCUAGGAGGCCCCAACUUGAAGCUCGAGGUUUCACCGAGCGGGGCAAUACAGCGGCCGCGAGCCCAUCGCUCCUCUCGGCCGAUCAACAAGAUCCAGUGGAUAGGCUCCUGCUUCGCUCGCAUAGUAGCUGAAGAUCUCAAUGUCCGGAUGAAGGAUAGACAAUCCUCGGCGAGCUUUUCGGUUUCAUUUGGAAGACGAACG